GAUGAGAGAACGAGGGAUUGCAAUACGCGAUUCGUCUUGCUUCCAAUAAGUUGAUGACGUUGAGGGGUGUUGUUGAGAGCCAGUGCGCUCGGGCACCGUGGAUUUGCUGAAGUAAUUCGGCAACCGAAUCCCAGAACCGCUUGACGUGAGGGGCAGCACGGGCGCUGCUGGCGAGUCUUCGGUCGUUCCAUUCUCGGCCAAAACCGCAACAUGUUGGGCGAUUGCAGUCUGCCAUCCCAAAUCUGCAUCAACCCUCCAGCAGAAGACAGGAACUCGGCCACACUUGCAGGCCAAAUCCCCUCUUUAAGGUCGUUCGUCGGCCGAGGGUCGUGGAAACGGUACGCAUGUCAAUAAAGCAUGUUCCUGCCCAACCCUCUCACCAGCUCCGAAUCAUAUCGUGCCGUCACUGCCAUUUGUCCGGGAGGAACGGUGUCCUGGCACCAAUCGCAAAUCUGGGGGUGUCUGGGCAUUGGGCAACAGCGCCAGCCAGCGCGAAAUCUCAUCGGCGCCCAACGGUACCUUACCAUUUCCCAUGUCGGCGGCGCAACAACAUCCAACAUGGCACUGGCAACACAACAGCGGUGGACGGUUUGCGACAGAGACAGAUCCAGACUCGCUACUAGUACCCAUUGGAUGGCCGUUUUUGCAUUAAUCUUCGGGCCGCUUUUCUCCUCUGAUGAUCGUCACUCGCGCGCGCUCGUCAUCGCCCAACUCAUUCCCUGUUUCUCCACCCCCAGGCGUCAAGGAGAGGUCACGGAGCUCCCACUGCAUGCGCGACUUCACCGCGCAACGACGCCCUCCGCCCAUCUUACCCUUCUCCCAGCUCCCCGGAUGCUUGCUCGGGGCGGACCACAGGUGCAUUGUCUGUUAGCCUUGAGGAGCAACAAACCUGUCGCUGCCGUCCACCUGUUUGUCGUCUGCUCGGUCUGCUGCCCUGCCCGCCUGCUGCCCCUGACAACAUCAACCUUGCCACGCAGCCCCAGCGGGGGCAUAUAUUGUUCUCCAUCGUGGAACCUACCCCAAGGCUUCCCUUCGCUGACCUCGCUGUACGCACAUCCAUCAUAACGUUAAAACAGAGCCACGUUUUCUUCCCGUCGGAAGGUAACUAUACUACUAAUUUAUUCGGUGGACUCGACGGUCUCCGACCUUUCCCCAGGAUCCAGGUGUUUCUAUCGGCCCAAGAGCGCAGCCCGGUGAAGUUCCCGCCGUCCCGUGGAUCCAAAAUCUUGAGGUUGGCGGCCAUUAUCCCAGGACAUCCCGGUUGCAGGUUUUUUUCCUA